AGAACGAGUAAAGUGUGCGGAGUACACACAUCACAAUUGAAAAAUGAAACUAAUUAUCGGAUCAAUUUUACUUAAUUUGAUCGUAAUAAAUGCAUUGAAAGACUUGAGAAACGUUGACGAAAAACCAGCCAUCAAAAAUCGAUUCGAACCGACUUGGGAGAGUCUGGACUCCAGAGAAUUGCCGAAAUGGUACGACGAGGCUAAAGUUGGCAUUUUUAUACAUUGGGGUGUUUAUUCGGUGCCCAGUUUUGGUUCGGAGUGGUUUUGGUACAAUUGGCGAUCGCAAAACGAAUGGAUCAACUAUGAGGAAUACAUUGAAUUUAUGGAAAAGAAUUUCAAGCCUCGCUUCACCUAUCAGGAAUUUGCCAGAGACUUUACCGGUGAACAUUUCAAUGCAACUGAGUGGGUUCAGAUGUUCGCUCAAAGUGGAGCAAAGUAUAUUGUGUUAACCAGCAAACAUCAUGAUGGAUAUACACUUUGGCCAUCAACGUAUUCGUAUAGUUGGAACUCUGUUGACAUUGGAUUGAAAAGAGAUAUCAUUUUGGAGCUAUCUCAAGCCGUACGUGCCGAUAAUCGUCUGAGAUUUGGGUUGUAUCACUCACUGCUAGAGUGGUAUAAUCCAAUGUAUUUGAGAGAUAAAGAAAGUGAUUUUUCGCAAACCGAAUUCGUCGAGAAAAAGGUUAUGCCUGAAUUAACGGAGCUUGUAAUGACUUAUCAGCCGGAAAUUGUAUGGUCUGAUGGAGAGUGGGAAGCGCCAUACAGAUAUUGGAAUGCAACUCAAUUCCUAGCAUGGCUAUACAACGACAGCCCAGUUGCCGAAACAGUUAUUUCGAAUGACAGAUGGGGAGAAGAUACAAUGUGCCAGCAUGGAGGCUUCUUUACGUGCCAUGAUCGUUUUAAUCCAGGUGUUUUACAACCUCAUAAGUGGGAGAAUGCUAUGACAAUCGACAGAGGGAGUUGGGGACACAGACAUAAUGCUAAAUUAGGAGAUUUCCUAACGUCCAAGCAGCUCGUUACAGAACUCGUCAUCACGGUAAGCUGUGGUGGCAAUAUACUGAUUAACGUUGGUCCUGAUAAGACAGGCCUCAUACAGCCAAUUUUCGCUGAGCGACUACGUGAUUUGGGCAGAUGGCUUUCAAUCAACGGUCAAGCCAUUUACAGCUCUCAGCCGUGGAUAUAUCAAAAUGACACUAGCACACCUAACGUGUGGUAUACGUCAGGUCAAUCAUCAACACCUCUGCGAAAAAAUGUUUACGCUAUCAUUCUGGACUACCCUUACGAUGCUGAAAGUAUCGAAUUGUUUUCGCUUUUCGGGCAGACCGAUGAAAAUACCACCAUCGGCAUAUUGGGCUACCCGAAUACGUUGCAGUGGAGCGUGACUGCAAAUUCGGCUAUUGUUACGUUUCCCAGUAAAGCACAGCUCGAUAAAAGAGGACUUGACUUUGCUUGGACUCUGGUAGUCGACAUUCCAGAUGAAUGAUGGAUAUUGUUUUAACUUUUAACAGACGACAAGCAUAUCAACGACUAAAUCAGAUAUCGAAUCUACUACUUCUUUUGAUCUAAGAAUUUUCAGCAGAUUGAAAUAAAAUCUUUCACUUCAUUUACUUUUAA